AUGAACCUUCGCGUAAAGCAUGCCCGGAUGACGUCCCUAUUGACGUCUACGCCAACUCCCAAUCGUCCUACUUCGUUGCUCGCCACCUCGCUUUCGACCAUCUUUGACCCUUAUACCUCGUCGGCUCUUCCGUCCCGGAUCCUAGCCCUGGGCGCUGCCGCCGGAUUCGCUUCUGUCGCGUCCAUCACCGCAGAUGUUUUCGGUGCACGGGUCUUGGUACCUCGAAGCGUUAUAACAAGGGGAGCUCCGGUCACUCCACUCAUGACGCCUACGAGGGGCGCUGGGAUCCUUGGUUUCCCUAGCGGAGGCGGAAGCGGCACUUCGACACCCGGUCUAGUUGUCCCUGGCCAACAGCCCCAAUCUCAACAGCAGCAACAACCCGCCCCCGACACGCGUGCUGCUCUUGGCGCAGCGUACCUUGCCAGGUGGUCCGUCCUCAGCACUGGGACCGACUUUGAAGAUGACGUUCGCACCGUCAUCCGAAAACGCGCAAAACUCAGCGGGGCGCUCGGACUCGGCGUCCCAGUUGGCACAUACGGGCGCAGCGGACUCGGCGCGAGCGUUCUCGUCGAAGAGGACGAAGAAGAAAAAGAGGACGAGAACGGCGACAUGCACGAACGAACAAACACAAACUCGACCACGGCCACGAGCUUGAGCCUUCACUUGUCGCUUCCUCCGCAGCAACCGCCCAAUGCUGCGAACCCCACCACCACAAGUGCGAGCGUACAUGCGCUCCCGACCGACGAAUCGGAUGCUUUGCUCGGAUUGGCCAAAGUAGCCGAAGGAGAUAUGGAUGCGUUUUCCGCAUACGCGGCUCUGAUCCCUGAGUGGUGCCGAUUGGAAGGGAUGCUCGUCCGGGGCGUUGUCUAA